AUGACCACGUGGGACUUCCACCUCAACCUCUUCGACAGACUCGAGAAGAAGUUCACCAUCGAAGAUGUGUUAGCAAGGUGGGGCAACUUGCUAGGGGCAAACUCUGAGCGACCACCGGGUAGCUUACCUAGUAACACUGAAAAUAAUCCAAGGGAGCAUUUGAAAGCCAUCACUCUCAGGAGCGGGAAGCAGGUUGAAGCACGAGCCGAGGAGGGCUCAAGCACUAAACAUAAUGGGGUAGCCGCACGGGAAGACCCUAAGCCAUCUGAGAGUGAACUUGAAGGGGUAAAGGAAAAACAAGAUGAAGGAACCAUUCAACUACCAACACCAAGGAUACCCGAGUACAAGCCGGUGAUCCCCUAUCCGGCUAGGCUGAGGCAAGAUAAGGACGAGGCUCAAUUCAAGAAAUUCCUCAAUGUAUUCAAGCAGUUGCACAUAAAUAUCCCUCUUGUUGAAGCGUUAACUCAGAUGCCCAAGUAUGCAAAGUUUAUGAAAGACCUGCUGACUAAUAAGAGAAAAUUUGAGGAAUUAGAAACAGUUGCACUACCACAGAACUGCUCUGCAAUGAUUCAGAGGAAGCUCCCUGAGAAAUUGAACAAUUCUCGGAGUUUCAUUAUUCCAUGGGUGAUUGGGGAAGGCAUGCAAGAAAAAGCCUUAGCAGACUCUGGGGCUAGCAUCAAUGUAAUGCCUUACAAGCUGUUUUUAAAAUUGGUAUUAGAAGACAUGAGGCCCACAAGGAUGAUGAUACAACUUGCAGAUCGUUCUAUCAAGAAGCCCCGCGGUGUUGUUGAGGAUGUGCUAGUUAGAGUAGACAAGCUCAUUAUCCCUGUGGAUUUCAUUAUUCUUGAUGUGGAUGAUGAUGUUGAAGUCCCAUUGAUCCUCGGGCGACCGUUUCUUAACACCGCCGGUGCCCCUCAUUGA